UGUUUGUUUGUUUGUUUGUUUUUGUUUUUGUGGGGCGAAAGUGGCCAGUGGCGUUCAUAGGAAAUCUCUUAGCCAUAAAAUUGAUUCUUCACUAGGGUGUGACUCAGAUGUGUAGAAACGCAGUUAGUGUUGCUGAAAGGUUCAGAAAACCUCACUGUGCUGUAAAGGCUCCUCCUUUUCUGCACUUGAGACACUCUCAGCCCUUUCUACACCAUGGCAGUGUGUUUCAGCAUCUGGAGGAAGCAGGAGAAAGGUGCUGGAGGGCGAAUGUGCUGCUUGCUGUUUUAAAACUCUAAUUUGCCUGAGCCUGUCCUCUUAAGUGCCUGGCUUCGCUUUUCUCCUGCAGACUUAGGGAAGGCAAGGUUUAAAGUAGUGAAUGCAAAGCCCAGUUGCGUCUUUCUUCCUCUUAUAUUGAGGCAGUUAGGGAAAUGGCCAGUGUAGGGUAGGCCAGUGGGUUUUAAGUACAAAAUACUCUUAGUUCUUUCUGUUCUUUUCUUAUAUUAAUGUGAAAUCUGAAAGUAAGCAAAUUUUCUGUGUUGCACUAAAUGAGCAGUUUCUAUUAUUUGUUCAGCUGAAGUGGAGAUCAGUCCACACUUUAAUGCUAAUGGAAUCAGCAUUAAAAGAUGGAGACAGUUUACAACUAAGAACAAUUAAUCUUCUGGAAGCUCUCCCAUAUAGAGAAUAGUGCCAUCCGACAUCCAUUAACUAGGCUGUAGUCUUUACACUCUGGAUGUGGGCUCUGAAUGAUCUCAGCCGAGUAGGAAACUUGGCACAGCAGGGCUAGCAAGUGCUUCUUUGAACCUGCCUGUGAGGCUUGGAUUGUACUUAACAUUUUCUCAGAGCCUCUGAGUGUGGACUUGGAGAACAGUCCCCUGUGCACAGAAUGACAGAAAAUUGCUGUUCUCUCCCCGUUUUCCCUCCUGAUCACCUGCAGAGGAUGGGGUGAACCUCUUGGCCUACCCGCCCUCGCUCUGUUUUUGCAGCAACCUUUCUGGGGCUGCUCUGUGCUGCCCGGUGUUGGGAUCCUGGGGUUCUCUGUGAGCCUAGCUUGCCUGAAUUGGACUUGUAUCCUCAGCCAUCCAGAUUUCUCCUCCGUAUAUACUUAAAACAUGAAAUAUUUUCCUCAUUUGCAUAUUUUCAUACCCAGUUUUGAUUUUCCUCCUUUGCUGUAUGCUCUCAUUGGAAGCAACAGCUAAUUUUUUCUGAGAAGUAAUCAGAUCAGAAGUAUUUGAAUUACUCUAUUAGCCAAAAAUAAAAAUUAUUUUGGGAGAGAGGUUUUACGUUGUCAGUUUUGUAUUGUCUAGUGCAAAAGUCUAAGACUUAAGCUAGACAGUUUUUUAUUAGUAAAUGUAAUGUGUUUUAAAAGCUCUCAGAGAACGUAAGACAUGCUGGAGAUGUUCAGUUUGGUGUUCUAAUGGAAUUACAAGCUCUCUGAGAUUUGGCUGGGCCAGUGGGGAGUUGGGAGGGCUUGCCCACUGUGAGUGUCCGGGAUCAAAGAAGAUGAGGACUGAUAAAACUUCAAGUGAGAAUUUGAUCAUGGCAUUGUCUCUGGGCUGUGACUCCUCCGCUGUCAUCACUCCCAGUGAGUAAGUCUCUACGAGUUGCUUGCGAAUGCCUGUCUCUGUGUUCCUGUCUCUGUGCUCCCUCUGAACACUUCUACUUUGUUGUCCUCUGUUUAAAAUGAAGCUCAAGCAGUUGCUCCAGAUUUCAGCUUUUCUUUGAAGGAGGAUUCACCUAGAUUUUUUCAUUUUCCCACCAUAUUUAGUCACUUUCACAAGCCCUACAUUUACCCCUGUCAUUCCAUUUCUCAUGACCAUCACCUGACUCCAGAAACAAAGUCAGUGAUUCCCUUUGCUGGGGUGACUGUACGUCUCCGUUUCCCUGCAGCAGACCAGUCUGGGCCUAUGAGAUCAAUUCCACUUGGUAAUUAGUUUUAGCUCCCUGUUUACUUUAAGAAGUGUCUCUUUUUGGACCAUAUAUGUUGUGUUGACCUUGUAUUACCUACGUGGCAAGUUUGGACUUUGAAUUCAGCCAGCAUUAAGCACCUUGUGGUAAACUGCUAUAUCUUCACUUACAUUAUCUUACACUCUCAUUGCUGCUUGUCUGAGUCUCACUUGCUGCACAGAGUAACUGUCCUUCCUCCGUCUGGAAGCCUUUGCAGCCUUAUACUAUUUGUGUACGUUUGUGGUGUGGCCUCAAGUUUCCCCACCCAAUGGCAAGCCCCUCCUGGGCAGGGGCCCUGUUUUAUAGACAGUAUACUCUUGUCCCAGCAGCAUCUUGUAGCAUGAACUACAUGUUCUGUAUAAUCAUGCCCAGGAACAGAGGCAGUAACUUAGGGUGGCAUUUUUUUUUUUUUUUAAGAUUGUAUUUAUUUGAGAGAGAAAAAGAGAGCAUGAGUGGUGGGGAGGGGCAGAGGAAGAAGCAGACUCCCUCCCACCUUGAGCAGGGAGCCUGACACGGGGCUCGAUCCCAGGACCUCAUGACCUGAGCUGAAGUCAGACACAUAACCGACUGAGCUACCCAGGCACCCCAGUAACUUAGGGUAGCGUUAUUGUUGAGCUGUUACUCUGGGGCAGAGCAUAUGAAGCAUUAAAGUGAACUUGCCUGUUAUUUAGUAAGUACAUUAUCUUGGUCUUGCCAAAUUUGAAUCUGAAAACUUUCUCUCCCUGUGGUUCCAUUUAAACAGUGUGUUCCCUUUCUAGAAUUUUUUGUGUUAAUCCUGUUUUCUUCCUUUUUAUGUGUGUCCUUGGACUCUCCCUGCCUUCUCUUUGUCAAUGGGAGAAGUAUUGGUGUUUGUCCAUUUCCUUGGGGAGUCCCAGGUUUCUCCAAGAACUUAGGCUUAAAAUAAAGGCUCUGUGGCCUGCUGGGUGGCUCAGUUGGCUAAGCGUCUGAUUCGUGAUUUUGGCUCAGGUCGUGAUCUCAGGGUGGUGGGAUCGAGGAGCCCCGCAUCAGGCUCAGUGGGGAGUCUGCUGGAGAUUCUCUCUCCCCUGCCCCUCCCCGACUUGCUGUCUCUCACUUUGUCUCUCUCUCAAAUAAAUAAAUAAAUAAAUAGAUAUUUAAAAAAAGAAUAAAGGCUCUGUGAUCCUUAAGUGCAUUUCUUAGUCAUUUGCUUUAGUGUGUUACCAAGUCCAUCUAGCCCCUAAGAACAAUGUGUGGGGGCUAUCUCAGCAUCUGAGGGCACCCUUCUUACAAUAUUUAUCACUCUGUUGAGCUUCUGGAAUGAUCCAGCUGAUUCUGGCUGACCAAAUACAUUAUCUACCUUCCUCAAGAUGCUCCUUCAGUCGGGACGGCCUAUUGUUUUCUGGCAGGUAGAUCUUUGUUACUAUUCUCCCUUACUAGAACUAUAAGUAAUAUCAGAUAGACUUUUAGAAAUAAACCACAAAUAUGACCCUUUGCACACAAGUGUUGGUGAGUCUGGGUGUAGAAGGAAUUCUGUGUAACGAAGAAAUGUUGAUUAAAGACUAGAGUAUGCAGGAGUUACCAAAAAAAAUAGUGAGGACCUUGCCUUCUAAGUGUCAUGUAGCAUCCUAGUCCCUCAGGACUUUUUUCAGCCUGAGCUCUCUGCAGAGCGCCCAUUCUUGUCCCCUUGACAUUGGCCUCGCUGUUCAGACAUCUAGUUUCUGCUCAUGCUGGUCGCUCUGCCUGGAGCACCUGCUCACUUCUGUACCUGCUGAAAGCUUUCUCAUUCCGCAGACACUCUCUGAGCAUCUACUCGGUGCCAGAUUUUGGACUGGCCCCUGCGGUACAAGGAUGAGUAAGGCCCAGAACUGCUAGGGACUCAGUGCCUUAACCAGGGCAACGUGCAAACAGUUUUUUUCCACACAGGGUGCUAGGUGGAGUGAUAGAUGCACAGGGAGCUCGAGAGAGGAGUGGUUUUAUUCCCAACAAAGCUCUCGAGUGUGUAGCGCUUCCCACCCGGUGCUGUCAAGACUUUGCUCGUGACUCUUUAACGGCACCCUCAGAGCAGUCUCUCUGCUGUGGGUCCCAUAGCCCGACCAGCUCCUUGAGGGCGUUAAGACAAGGCCAGCCUCUGGUUCAUCCUUGUGAUAGGGGACUUUGCCUAUUUUAGAUUUAUUAAUGAAUAAAUAAAUAAAUAAAUUAAUAAAUAAAUUGUUCCAGAAAGGAUUUGGAGCAGCUCACAAAGAUCCAUCUAGUACUACGUGAUAAGAUAUAAAAUAAUUGAAGAAUCUAGGGUUGAAAUAAGUGUGGGAAGAAAAAGGGAUGAAGUCAGAGGGGAGGUUAGUGCCCACAAGGCACAUCAAAAAAUUUUGUCUGCCGGAGGAGAUCUAUAGUGUUGAUUCUCAGCUCUUUAGGGGCUAAUGUAAAGGGGGAAACAAUCAUUUCUAUGCAUAGAAUGGGCAUACAUGGAAUUAACAACAAGAACCUUUUGUUGAUACCCAAGGACGAAGAAAUUUCUCUCCUGGGACCUCAUUGUAAGGGCACUGUGUGAUGUCAUGCAGUAAUCUCUAUAUUAAGUAGCCUAGUGAUUUUUGUAGAAUUGUUUCAGAGAAUGUUCUCUUAGUGUAGGUGUAGUUUGGCAGAGAGCUACCUCACAAACACCAGCUACCUAUCUAAUCAGUCAGGAACCUCCAAACACCUUUCCUGUAGAACAGUGGUCCUUUUUUUUUUUUUAAUAUUUUUUAUUUAUUCAUCUGAGAGACGGAGCACAAGCAGUGGGGAGGGUCAGGGGAGAGGGAGAAGCAGACUCCCCGCUGAGCAGGGAGCCCGACACAGGGCUGUGUCCCAGGACCCUGGGAUCAUGACCCGAGCCGAAGGCAGAUGCUUCACCGACUGAGCCACCCAGGCGCCCCCAGGACAGUGUUCCUUAGUCUUUCAAAACGCAUUGCCUCUUUUAAGAAACCUGAAAUCUCAUACCUCUUCUCCAUUCUCACAAACUCUCCCUCAGGUCUGUUGUCCCCAACUCCAUCCUCACCAGCCAAGAUUAUUUUAUCUUGCUUUUUUCUCAUUUGUAUUAUAAAAACAAGUUAUUUCUUUCUCAUAUAUAGUUAUUACAUUGAAUAUGACUUUCAAACUAUAAAUCCCUAUUCUACCAAUCUUGGAAGUUUCUGGAACAGUUCCUCCUCUUGGUUAGGAAUCAUUUCUCUAGAACCCUUACUUUAACUGGCCAGUUUAUUUAGAUUGGUAAACUGGCUUCCAGCCUUACUUCAAGGAGUCUAGUUAAAAGAAUUUGUACUCAGGCUUUAUGUCAGGCAAGUGAGUAAAUCACUAGCAUGAGGCUUGAUCAAAGCAGCCUGACAACUUACUUAAAUGGAAAAAGAGGGGCUGCUAUAGGAUAUUUUUAUUUUCUCUCAUUCAGUCUUCAAAAUAAACUCCAUUUUACAAAAGAGAAACCACAAGUUAAGAGAUUUGCCCAGGAUCUCCUGGCCCAUGAAUGGCACGGCCGCAACUCCCAGGUCUGUUGCUUUCCUCAUGUCACAGUGUUGGGCAUCAUAACCCAGUCCUUGUACCUUUAUAAUAUCUAAUGAGACUCUUUGAUUUGGCAUAAAUCCCACAACUGCACGGCCCUUGGGAAUUCUUCCGAGACUCUAGGUGGUUCUUCUGUGGACUUGCUCAGAUUAGCAAAUCCAUUAGAAGUACAUUCUCAGGCAGAUUUCCAAGCAUUUAAACCUCUUUGGAGUUUAAAGAGUAUUAAUUUGAGUUACUGAAUGUCCCCUGAAAUACAUGACUGUCCCACCCAAAUAAUUAUGAAUGCUGGGCCUGGGGCUCGUCUCUUUCUUUGGUUUUUUAUAAGGUCCCUGAGCACCUGUGUCACUGAGCUGAGCAGUGGCUGCCUAGCUCCCUUAGCCCCUGGUGGGAUUGUCAUCACUUUCUCGUUAGAUGUAGGUAUUUUCUCUCUUUUUUUUUUUUUUUUGAAAAUUGCCUUAAGAAAUACUUUGUGUUUUGGCAGUUUCAGUUUCUGGUACAUUUCCUAAUUAAUGGUGAAUGUUCUGAUUUUCUAGCUAAUUCUUACGUGUUCCCUCUGACUUUGGGAAAUUGUAUCCUAUAUCCCUGACUCUUGAAGAUUCUGCUGUUCUCCUGACUGUCCAGUCCUUUCCCAUUCUGAAACAAAGGAGCAGGAUCUGAGGUAUCUCAGGAUGUUUCUCUUCAUCCUCCCGGCCCACGCAGGUGGAGAUCUGCACUCAGAGGUUUGCCGGGGGAGUGAUUUUAUCCGAUCCUUUUCUGAGCAGCUCUGCCUUUGUUUUCAUUCCUUUUCACCAGGCUAAUGUAUGUCUAAAUUUCUCCUUUUCGCUUCCUCUGUUGUCCUCUGCACCUUUCGUGUCUGUGAAGUCCACUCUGGUUUUCUCCAUUUGUGUAGUUUCUCUGCAGCUAACUUGCUUUGUACUUGAAUCAAUUCAUCUAUAAAAUGGGCAUAAUACUAGUCAUUAGCACAUCAGAAUAGUGUUGGUGAUCAAAGGAGAUGCACGUAAGUACUUUUGGAAAACAGCAACAAAGAUUCAGUUGUGAAAAGAUGUUACUUAACAGUUGAUUCCAAUAUGAUGAAAUAUAGUGAACAGUAAUACACGUGUCCUUUAUUUCAAGCAGUCUUUGAUUAAAAACCGUGGUGCAGUUCAAAUGUUUUGUUGCUGUUGGUUAUAGCAAGAGUUGCUGUGUCUCUUUCACCCCUUAAUCAUUUCUAGAAUUGUCUUGUGGCACUUGUGUAGGUUUCCUGUGGCUAUCCUUGAAGGGCCCAGUGUGAGCACUGACGAGCUUCCCUGUGGGCCUCCGCCGCACUCACUGCCAGUCUUCCCAGUGGGUUGGAGGCCCUUAGACUUCCCUUGCCCUCACAGUACACUUGGGGAACGGGCAGUGGGCCACUGAGGUCCUCACUCUGACCUCAGAGCCUGGCAUACUCCCUGGGACAUGGAGCUUGGAAGUGCUCUCUUGGGCCAGCCACCCUCUCUGUUGGGCCUAUUGCUUCUCAUUCCCGGGACGGUGUUUCAUAGCAACUAUGGAGCUGCUGCUCUGCUUCUUUUUCCAGGGUCCUCGGAGGCCCCUUGCUUGCUGUGCUAGCCUGACAGAUGAAAUGAUGUCACUGGGAGCACCUCAGGUCAGUCUUGGAGCUGUGGUUGGAGCUGUGAACGCAGGCUGUGACAGGAGGCUUGGCUGGAGUAUCAAUGAACUGGUCAGAGCAGUACCCAGAGUCCCAGGGUCCCCUGCAGAAGUGAGGGCAAACACUAAAUUCAGCGCCUGCUCCCUUUCUCCCCUGAGAAAUCUAAACCAACUUGACGUUUGCACUUGGCGAUGGUAAAACGGGAGUGGGUGUGGUUUAGGGAAAUAGCAUCUGCCCUCCAUGACUUUGAGGGCCUGAUAGAGUGGUCCAAACAGACCCGAAGUCUGAUUCUAGUGUGACGUCUGGGUGAGUGACACGACCUCUGAGCCUGUUUCCAGUUAUAAAAUGAGAGAUAAACCUACCAAAUAAGGUUCCUUCAAGCACUGAAGUGAAACAGCACUCAGUACCAGCUCCCAUGUGUUCCCACUAAUUUCUACGUCUGUGGGCCAGAGGAGAGGAAGGGGGUCACAAAGGGAAUGGUUAUUAUGGGAAGGUGAUAAGAGCUAUAUUUGUAUACCACGGCUGAGCAGUGACAGGAAUGCAGAGAGGUGUAAAUGCCAGGGUAGGGGAUGAGAAGCAAGGAGACUGGGGAAAAAGUCAGGGCCAGAAAUGGAGUGUCCCUGUCCUGUGUGUCAUGUUCCUGGGAACUCAGCAUGACAUCCAGCCUCUGAACUAUACUUCCCCUUUUAGAUCAGUGAUCCACAGAGCUAGCUGGCCUUGCUGAACUAGGUACGUGCAAGGGCAAUACCAAGUACCAUUAUUGAGCCAGACUGGGGAGUAGGCUCUGUCAUAGCCGCACUGUGCAGUGUUUCAGGGCAGAGCCCAGAAUUGGGGGUUUGGUCUGCACCCCACUCCUCCAUCGUUCACUCCUUUGGCACUCUGUUUCUCCAGUGAAAUGGUGAACUCCCUUGGCAGCAGGGAAUGAUCUUUUGUCUCCCCUCCUCCUGUGCCUAGCGUGGUGCUCCUGAACAUGGGUGUUUAGUAAACAUUUAAGGAAAAAUAAAUGUAUUAUUCUGGAGCACAGUGUUUUACUCAUUAAGUGAUGGCACUGACCCAAAAGUUCUUUCCAAGACAAGUAUGGACUUGGGAGGGGGUGAGUGCUGGGUGUGAGAGGCCAGUCCUAUAGGACUGCUCCUUCCUGCCACAAAAUAAUUGUGCUAAAAAAAAAGUAAAGUCAUUACAAAUAGGGCAACAUGGGUAUUACUCUUUUACAGUUGAAGAAAGUGAGGUUCAACAAGGUCACACAGUUUAUAUAUGAAUUCCUGGUCCAGUGCUCUUUCCACUUCCCUGACCCAGAGAUCUGCCUCCUGCCCAAAUGAUAGGCCAGGCUCCCCGCAAUACAGCAUCCAUUCUUGGGGUGAGGGGUGCUCACUGUCUUCACCAUCAUUCUGCAUUGCCAGCCCGAGCACCUGCUGUGGUUUCUACACCACCUGGGGAGUGCUGGCAGUGAGAGGGCAGAGAGCAGGGUGAACACGGUCACAUUCCCUAAGAGGGAGGGGCUGGCAAGCGUUUUAUGGCUCGCCUCGUAACUGGCACUUUGCUGGGCACUAUAGCGCCAGUGUUCUCGUCCCCACUUUUACUCUUAUAAAGAGAGGUUAUGAGGCUAAGUAACCACUCGUGGGCUGAAAGCCAGUGGGAGCAGCGAGGCUUUGCCCCAAGUCAGGAUCCUCCGCUGGAGGUUGGUGCGCACAGAAGCUAACGCGCUGCGGAAGCGGUGCCCAAGCCGGCGCAGGAGCUCAAGCGCUCGGCGAUGAGAGUCCUGCGGGGCGGGGCGUCCCGUGGGGGCGGGGCCGGGCGGCGGCGAGCGCGCCAGGGGCGGGCGCCCCGGGACAGGCUCCGCCCCCCAGGGGCGAGGGCUUAAAAGGAUGGAAGGAGGGGACUCCGGCUCCAGCGGCUGCGAAGCGCGCGGGGUUGGAGCAUCGGCGAGGGUACAGCCAUGGCCCUGCGGGCGGGGGGCGGUCGGCUGCUCGGCGGACUCCUGCUCUUCGCUCUGCUCGCUGCGGGCGCCGCGCCGCUCAGCUGGGAUCCCCCAGAGCCCCGCGGCCGGGCCAUCAAGAUCCGAGUGCACCCGCGGGGCAACCUGUGGGCCACCGGUCACUUCAUGGGCAAGAAGAGUCUGGAAACCCCCAGCCCAUUCCUCCUGGGGACAGCUCCCCACAUCUCCCUGAGGGACCAGAGACUGCAGCUGAGUCAUGAUCUGCCCAGGAUCCUCCUGCUAAAGAAAGUUCUGGGCAUGAGCCUUAGCGGCCCAGCACCUCACCCCCAGAACAGGAGGCUGCUGGUGCAGAUGCUGCAGAAGGGAUGCCCCUACUGAGGAAGAGACGCCGACGUGACUUAGACUGCGCCCACCCAGGGAAGGUGCUGAGCGGGGCCCUGGCGGUGGUCCCAUCUGGAUGUGAAACCCAGGCUCAAAUGUCUGUUACUCCGUUACUGUGAUUUCUGGUUGUGUCUCCAGGAAUAUUGCCCACAUAGACACACAUUAUGUCCCUGCUGUAUUUCUUGCUUCCGUGUUGAAGUUGUGAAUAAAACCCUGCUCUUUAUGUA